AUGGUGCUGGUAACUCCCCCAGACAUGGAUGCAGGAACACAGAGGAAGUGGAUCGAAAGGGAAGCAACAGACCAGAGAGGAGGCAGGUGCCCGCACAAGAAAAGCCUGCAGACAGUGACUGCAGCCACGAUGGACAAGCCCGGGUGCCCAGAGAUGCUGAUACCUCUCCAGGUAGCAGUGGAGGUCUCCGAGUGGCCACGCUCUGCUUCACCGCAUGGUCCACACAGCAGAGCUGUCAUGGUACUAGGGUUGCUGGCUGUACUGGGGCUCAGCUUCACGACUAUCACCUUGUUCCUGGGGCAAGAUCCCAUGUCUCUCACCAGUCAUCAGAUGUGCCCUAAGGAAGUGCCCUCCCAGUCCUGGGAGGUCCUGGGAGGAGACACUGGGCAGCAGAGGAACUCCUGUCGGCUGGUCCUCGUGGAAAGCCUCCCUCAGGACCUGCCGUUUGCGUCUGGAAGCCCCGCUGCCCAGCCCCUGGCUCAGGCUUGGAUGCAGCUUCUAGACUCUGCUCGGGAGAGUGUCCAUGUCGCCUCAUACUAUUGGUCCCUCACUGGACCCGACAUCGGAGUCAAUGACUCCUCUUCCCAGCUGGGAGAGGCCCUUCUACAGAAGUUUCAACAGCUGCUGGUCAGAAACAUCUCCCUGUCAGUGGCCACACACAGCCCAACACUGGCCAGGACAUCCACUGACCUCCAGGUCUUAGCUGCCCAUGGUGCCCAGGUCCGACAGGUUCCCAUGAGGCACUUUACUGGAGGUGUCCUACACUCCAAAUUCUGGGUCGUGGAUGGGCAGCACGUCUUCGUGGGUAGUGCCAACAUGGACUGGCGGUCCCUGGCUCAGGUGAAGGAGCUGGGUGCUAUCAUCUACAAUUGCAGUCAGCUGGCUCAGGAUCUUGAGAAGACAUUCCAGACCUACUGGGUGCUAGGGACUCCCCGAGCUGUUCUCCCUAAAACCUGGCCCCGGAACUUCUCAUCUCACAUCAACCGCUUCCAUCCCUUGCGAGGUCUCUUCGAUGGGGUUCCCACCACAGCCUACUUCUCGGCCUCACCACCCUCUCUCUGCCCUCAUGGCCGGACCCGGGAUCUGGAUGCAGUGCUGGAAGCCAUGGCGGAUGCCCGUGAGUUCAUCUACGUUUCGGUGAUGGAGUAUUUCCCUACCACACGCUUCACCCACCCUGCAAGGUACUGGCCUGUACUGGACAGUGCGCUACGAGCAGCGGCCUUCGAUAGGGGUGUGCAUGUGCGUUUACUGGUCAGCUGCUGGCUCAACACAGACCCCACCAUGUUCACUUAUCUGAGGUCCCUGCAGGCAUUCAGUGACCCCUCAGCUGGCCUCUCAGUGGAUGUGAAAGUCUUCGUCGUGCCUGUGGGCAAUCACUCCAACAUCCCAUUCAGCCGCGUGAACCACAGCAAGUUCAUGGUCACAGACAAGGCAGCCUAUAUAGGUACCUCUAAUUGGUCAGAAGACUAUUUCAGCAGCACCUCUGGUGUGGGCCUGGUUGUCAGUCAGAUGAUCCCUGGUGCCCAGCCAGGCGCGACCCCGGUACAGGAGCAGCUGAGGCAACUCUUCGAACGUGACUGGAGUUCCCGCUACGCUAUGGGCCUGGACGGAGUCCCGAGCCAGGACUGUGUCUGGCAGGGCUGAGGCUUGACCCCUUGACUCUGGCCUGUUGCUCUAGUGAACACCAUGCUCUCAUUCACUGAGAAAGCGAAAGGCCGGCACUCGGAGCCUGAGAUUGUCAUCUGGCAAACAGCUGCCAACAGGGCUCUAAAGUGAAGGAGAGGCUGAGGCAGAGGAAGGCCCACAGUGUCAUGGAAAGAAAGCAACAGCACCCAAGUGACCCCAGAACCCAGCUCUCCCUCUCUGGCCUAACCAUGAUGAGUUGCUGUGGCUGUCCCCAAACAUAACAUCA